AUGGAAAAGUUUAUCGAAUCAACAAAUUUGAAAAUCGACAAUCUUGCAUCUGAAGUUAAUGAACUUAAGAUGGCUAAAAGUAACAGUACUUUAAUAAGUAAUGAUGAGAGUGUCGCUACGAAUGAGAUAGCCAAUCAAUUAAUGAAAGAAAAUCAAGACCUAAGGGAUGAGAAUAAAAUACUUCGCGAGAAAAACACCAACAUGUCAUCAACAUGGUCAGAAAAACACCAGCAUGUCAACAACUUG